GGAUAGGGAGGAAGACGAGGGGGUUGUUUCUGCCAAACCGAUUGUGAUGAUAAUGCCACUGGAACUACAGGACUUGCCGGAAAUAAUAACACCUGAGAGUAGCACCAAUGCAAGCGCACCUAGUGACUUCAGUAGCCAUCACUCUUCUCCGUUUAAAGACUCAUCUUUAGUAAGGACAUCUAGCGACGGAGAAGGGGUAAGGGAAGGUGAUGUAGGGGCAGAUGUGCCUGUGCUUGCUGAAUGGGAGGGUAAAACCAUCAGUAGGAGGCUAAGUAACAUCUGCCGGGUGCCACAGAACUUGUCCGUUGGUUUUAAGUUCAGGGCGGCACUUCAUCACGAAGUGGUAGACGGUGCAACCACCAUCAAGGGGUAUAAAACGUUGGAGGAGAUGGUGAGACAAUACCAAAUCCCUAGAACUAUUUUGUUACGAGCUGACACCAAGAAUGAAAAAGCGUGCACAAUGUCUCGAACAAGAUGGAUUCUAGUAAUAGUAGAUUAUGUCAAGGCGAAGAGAUUGGUCGACCUGGAGGCCUUGGUUACUCUAGAGCAGCUCGCGGUGCUUAGGAGAGAUAAGCAGCGUGUUAGAGAGGCAAUACAAACGAGCUCAAUGCUUAAGAGGCCUCAUGUCGAGCGGAGAGUUGAAGCAAUGCCUUCGAGUUCUCACAGGCGCGCUCGUGAGGAUUCUGAUGCUGAAGAUGACAUACCACUCAUUCGGCAAAGAAUGAGCUUUGGGGCUCAGCCUGUUCAACCAGCCAUGGUAUGCUCGUCUAAUGUGCCUCCAGCCCCGGCACGUGACGCUGUGGAAACUACGCCAACAUUUGGUAUUCAAAGUUUUAUUCCUCCAAUGGACCGACAACGUGCAAAAGGCUACAAACAACAACACGGAGGUCAUGCUGCAAUGCUAAAAUUGAUGGACGGUGCUUGUGGGCAAACUUGCAAACUCACUGAAAACUACAAGCGACUGACUUCUGAGAAGGCAAGUUUAAAAGACGAGGUGAACAAGCUGAAGGAAGAGCUGGAGAAGGCUCGAGCUGAAAGGGAUAGCGGGAUUCAAGCCACAAAGGAUGAGGCCAGUCAUGUUGAAGACCGCGCCAAAAAUACAAAAGCUGAUAGGGACAAGGCUUUAAGCAAGCUAAACUCCCUUAGGCAAUGGGUGGCCGUGGCAAACCAAAACCUUGCCCAUGUUAAGGAAGGGUUGAGAAAAGCUAGAAGUUCUCACUAGCGCUUUAUAAACAUCGCUCGAGUUC